AUGGCAAAGAAGUUCUCAGAUGUGUUGGCACCAUGGAUGAAGAGUACGGGGAAAAGUGGCGACGCCGCUUAUGCAGAAAUGCAGGUUUACAUACAGGAAAUGUUCACAGAGUUAGGGGAUUCCCUGGGGGACGCGGGCUUCCCCGAUGAAGUGACGACGGCAUGUGGGAGACUAUCGACGAACUACUGGUCCAUGAAUAAGCAGCUCAGUCAGGACAAAUUAAUAUGUAAAACUCUAUUAAAAACAAUAUAUUGGAUGAAUGGAAUAGAUGAAAAUGGUAAACCGGAGGUCGACGGCAGCCCACCGGAAGAGCGGUAUUUGAAACAGCACUUGAGGUGUAUAGUAGGUUACAGUGCUAUGGUAGAAAUCAUGAAGGUAAAGUGUGACGUGAAGGAUGUUAUGAAAGCUGUCCAGAGUGCAGUGGAGGAAAAAAUAAAGGUUGGGGGGAAUGAACUCCUUAAUAAUAAGUGCGGACCUAUUAAAUUAGAAGAUAUGAAAUUUAGUGCCCAAAUUUUAGGGAAAACUUUGGGAGAAUGGGUAAGACAAAUGAACGGAUUAAAAGGUAUGAUGAGUUUGUACCUCACUUGGAAAAUGUGCCCGUCGAACGUGACAUGGGAACAUGGAAAAAUAGAGGAAGGUGAAGAUGGAAAUAAGGACAUUCUUCAAUUGUUAGAAGAGAAAAAAGCCGGGGAGCUACACAAAAAAGUUUAUCCGCAGGGGAGUCCAACCUCCGCCCCUGGAGGUUCAACUUCAUCAGAGGACAUAUUAAAACAAGUCCUACAGAAAGCACAAUCAUGCUCAUCAGGAGCACAAAAUGGUAAAAUGGAAGACUGUCUAAAGGAAAAACUGGAAUUAGGAGUAGCUGAAGCAUGUAUCAAGAGCACAUUGGAAGACACCACCAACAGUGGAAGUGGCAAUGACAAAAUGUGCAAUCCCCUAAAAUGUAUAGAGAACUACUUAAAGGCAAGAGAUGCAGCAGCACCACCACCAGGAGGAUCAACCACAGUAACGAAAGACUUUUGGGAAGAGAAGGUAAAGGCGCUGUGGAAAGAACUGUCUGAUGAAAUGGUGCAAGCAAAUGGCACAACAGCGGGAGUAGGGGACUGCGAUAAAGUGAAAGAUGGAAGUACAGGAACUGAGGGGAGGGAUGCAACUCAUUCUGAAAAGACGGCAUGCAAUUAUUUGUAUGUCGGCUUCGAUGCACUGUACAACGGUACGACGUCGGCGGCCGCGACGCGGAAGGCGUCGUCGCCGGUAGGCGACGACAUCCUAUCUAAGAAAUACCCAUCGUUUAGACAAACGAUGGGUUGUUUCUUACUUCAUUCUUAUGCAAAACACAUGAAAGAAAAGGCAAUUUGUAAUAUUGAAAAGGGGAUAGAAAAAGCUUUCGAGCUAUGGAAGAACCCAAGUGAGGAAGCUCCAAAAUCUUGCCAAAGUUCCAAGGGCAAGGGACCUUGUGUCCCUUGCCAAUGGAAAGAAAAAGACAAAUUGGACAGUUGCCUUGCCACAAUUAACAUAAAUGGCACAACUGGCUCUGAGGGGACUGCAAAGAAGAAAGUGGAAAAAAUUAUCGAGGAUGACAGCGACUCCAACAUUAAGACAAUGCUAACUAACAUAAAUAAAAGGGAUAAUUUAUGUGAGCAUAUGAAAUGUAUUGCAACCCACUUAAAUUCCUCUAACGGACAACAAAAUACGAAUGUGAAGGACUUUUGGAAGGGAAAUGGCGAAGUCGCCAAAUUAUGGGAAGAGUUGGCAAAAGCAAUGACCGCAAAUGGAAAAGGCGGGAAGGGAGCUGAUUGUGAUCAAGUGAAGGAUGGAAAUAGUAGCCCGAGGAAUGCGACUCCUUCUGAAAAGACGGCAUGCAAUUUUUUGCAUGCCGGCUUCAAAAAACUGUAUGACGAUUCGACGGGAACUGCUAACAAUGGAGUUUUGUCCAAACACUCAUCGUUUAGACAAACGAUGGGUUGUUUUUUACUUCAUUUAUAUGCAAAACAAAUGAAAGAAAAAUCCAUGUGUGAAAUAGAAGCUGGAAUAAAAAAGGCUUUCGAUCUUGGCAAAGGUUUAAGUAUUAAUGGUACUUGCAGUGGUGGUUCCAAUGGCAAGGAACCUUGUGUUCCGUGUCAAUGGAAUGAAGACAACUUUAAUAACUGCAAAAUUAGCACAGAUGGAACCACAACACAAACGGAAGUAAAGAACAAAUUGAAAGAAAUUGUCACGGAGAAUGACCCCAAAAUAAAGACCAUGGCGGAAGCUGUAAAUAAAAUGGACUUAUGUGACCAAGUCAAAUGUGUAGCAGCCCGAUGGAGGAAAGAGAAGGACACGAGCGGUUCACCACCACGUGAUUGGAAGAAAGUGUGGGAAGGCGAAGACGGUGUGAAGAAGGAAUUAGGGGAACUUUCUAAAAAGAUGAAAGAGAAGACGGAUGCUGCAUCCUACUGCACUAUGGAUGAAGGGAAAGGAAAGGAGGCUUGCCUCCUUAUAGCAGCAGGAUUAAAAAACCUCUACAAUACAACUACUGCUGACGACCUUACGGCGUCGUUCCAAAGAACGAUGCAAUGUGUUCUAUUAAAUGCCAUCGCAGAUAAAUUAGAAAGUGACGAACUGCCGUGUAAGGAUGAGAAAAGUGUUCAGGCAGGGAUAAAUCAUGCUUUUGGGACGGAAAAUGAUAACAUUAGGAGUGGAGUAUCCACAUGCAAGGAUGAUGUUAAGUGUUUUAAGUGUGUUAGGGAAAAAAAUUUAAUGAGUUGCACAUUGAAUAAUGACGAUAAGAAUGUAAAGGAAAAAGUAGAACCCAUGCUAAAAGCAAAUGAUACAUUCAAGAAAGAAUCUCUGGAGAAGACCAUAUGUAAACCAUGUACUGGGGAAGGGAAGAAGGAUUUCUGUCAAGAACUUAAUUGCGUAGUAGAUAAAUGGGGAGAAAGGAAGAAUGGAAGCUCAAGCGGAACGACUACCUGGGAAAACAUGAAGAGUGAUUUUGAAACAGAAUUAAAGCUACUACUGGAAGACAUGAAGGGAAAGCAGACUGACGUUGCUAAAUACUGCAAGGGCAAUGGCAGCGCCGGCUGGGAGGACGGCGCUGCCGGCGAAGCCAAUAAAAAGGCAUGUUUACUCACUGCAGCAGGACUCCAUCACAUAUCGAAUAUUCAGCUUGAAUAUAAUGAUAAGGCCAAUCCGGGGAAGGGUCACGAUAAUAACCCCUAUGAUAACCAAGAGUUUAAGCAAUUCGCUUCCUGCUUAAUGCUAAAGGCAGUUGCACAGAAAAUGAAAGAAGAGAGCAAAAUUUGCGACAUAGACCAAGGGAUUAGGGUCGCUUUUUUAAAGGCAAAAGACAUUAAAAAAGAAUUUUGCAAGAAUAAUAAACCUUGCAUUGUUUGCAAAUUGGAAGACAACUAUGAUACUUGUACCAUUGGCAAUUCCAAUGUAAAGAACAAAUUGGAAUCAUUGCUUACAGAUAAUGAACAUAAAGACAACGUCAAUAACACCCUCUCCACAAUAACUAAAACAGAAGGAAAUGUUGGCACCCUCUGCCAGCGUUUACAAUGCUUAGCAUCUCGAGUUCAGCUGACCAAGGGCAAGUACAGUGCGGACGAUUUCUGGGGGAAGGAAGGCGGCGAAGUCGCCAACUUAUGGAAAGAAUUGGCACAAGCAAUGACAGAUAAUGGGGGUCAAGACAAAGGAGGUCAAUGUGGGACAAUGGAUGAUGGCAGUGCCCCUGGUGGCGCUGCCAAUGGCAGACCUGCUACUGACCCUGAAAAGAAGGCAUGCAAUUAUUUGUAUGCCGGAUUAAAAGCACUUUAUACGACGACGGCGUCGCCGUCGUCGUCAACAGGAAACAAUGGUAUCCUGUCUCAACACCCAUCGUUGGGACAAACGAUGGGUUGUUUACUUCUUAAAGAAUAUGCAAAAAAAAUGCAAAGUACAUCAACUUGUGUCAUCGAUUCCGGUUUAAAGAGAGCUUUCGACACUGCUGGCCAAGGUUCAAAUGGAGUACAAUGCAAAUGGAAUGAAGCCGACUAUGACGACUGCCAAAUUAGCACAACUAAGGCAUCUGGCCCCACAACCCCAACGCCAGUAAAGGACAAAUUAGACCAAGUUAAGAUCAAAAUUGACGGCACCGCAACUGACAACCUAACGGAAGUAAACAAAAUGAAUAACUUAUGCGAUUAUAUUAGAUGCGCCGCACCCAAAUGGUUCAAAAACAAAGCAACCGCAAAAGGGGGAAAUUCUAACCAGACUUGGUGUGACUUUUGGGAGAGGGAAGGCGUCAGACCCAAACUGGAAGAUAUGUUCAAGGGCAUCGAGUCCGAUGGAAAGAACAAACCUAAUACCACAAUCUGCCAACAAUUUGGUGAUGAUAAUCCACAUAGUGUUGAAAGAAAAGCAUGUAAUCAUAUCACAGCAGGUUUAGAACACAUUAAAACACUUAGUGGUAGUGGUGUUGGUGUUAAUGACAACCAACUGCUCGAUAGAGCAGUUGGUUGUAUUGCUCUUAACAUGUACGCUGAUAAAAUAAUAGAGGAGUCGAACAAAUUCUGUCCCAUUGAUGAGGAAAGAAUAAACCUAAUGUUCAAAAAAUGGAAUGAAAAAAAUAAACUUCCGUCUUCGUGUUCCACUGGUAGUGGUAAUAAUAAUGUUUGUUUUGAAUGCACAAGGCACAAAGACUUUAAUAAUUGCAAAUUAAGUGUUGAUAAAAAUUUGAUUAAAACAACACAAUCUGGUGCAAGUGGAACUUGCACUUCUAACGCAACUGAAGUGAAGACUCAAAUGGGCGGUCUCCUCAACAACGAAGACAAAUCCGACCCCAACUCCAUUAAAUCCAACAUAACGACCACCUUAUCUUUUAUCACUGAAAUGACCUCUUCUUUCUGUACUCAAGUCCAAUGCGCCAUUAAGAAAAGACUGAAGAUCAAAAAUGGACAAGCCACCUCAAGUGGAACGAUCACACAACCUUGGAAAAACAUCGAAGAAGACGCCACGAAGGAAUUGACGAAACUUCUAGAACAUAUGAUGCAACCUUCGGAGCAGAAGGACGUUGACAAAUACUGCAAAGACAACGAAGAUAAAUGGAAUAAAAUUGGCCAUAAAGAAGGCAAAACAAAUAAAGCAGCUUGUUUGCUUUUUGCUUCAGGAUUAAAACACAUUUAUACCCGCGGUAAGGGCCAGGUUAACGGCUCUGUUAACGGCCCAUCGUUUGCACAAACGAUGGGUUGUUUAUUUCUUAAAGAAUAUGCAAAACAAUUCCAAAAAAUGGCAGAAGUGAAGAAACAAGGAAAUAGUUGGGUACAUCCUCUUUGUGACAUAGAUAAGGGCAUAAAACAUGCUUUCGAUAAGAGUGGUGAAAUUAUGAAUGACACAUCUCCAUGCAAGAAUAAUGGUCCUAAUUCUUGUUUUGUGUGCACACAGAACGGAAGUUAUAAAGAUUGCUCCAUUGGCAAUGAGAGUGUAAAGGACAAUGUGGGAACAAUCUUCCAAGACGACCAGAAGCAAAAACAUAUGCAACAAACCUUAGAGAAUACAGUCUGUCCCAUCCUUCUUACGGAUCUCCUUACCCCUUUUCUUCCUUUGGCUCCUGUCUCUAUUGGCCUUUCUGCUAUGGCUUAUUAUCUUUGGAAGUAUUUUGGUCCUCUUGGUAAAGGAGGAGCACGUUUCCGAAGAUCUCCUGCUGAAAUACGCGGUCCAUCGGUACAGGAACAAGUCCUUGAUCAUGUGCAACAAGAUAGUUCACAUGAAUAUCGAUUAGUGAAGGAACGAAAACCUCGUUCUGCUCCAACAAGAACAAAACGUUCUGGUCCCGUGAAUCGCCGCACGAUUAUUGAAAUUCAUUUUGAAGUGUUAGACGAAUGCCAAAAAGGGGACACACAAUUGAACCAGAAGGAUUUUCUGGAACUUUUGGUUCAAGAGUUCAUGGGAUCGGAAUUUAUGGAAGAAGAACAGGUUCCUAAGGAAGACGUUCUUAUGGAACCUGUUCCUAUGGAACUUGUUCCUAUUGAAGAGGUUCCAAUGGAACGUGUUCCAAGUUUAGGUUCCGGGUUACUGGUUUAA